AUGGAUAAUGAGUCUAAUGUAACAUAUAUAACUCUUGGUGGGCAUGUGGAAAUUUACAAAUACAGAUAUCUUUAUUUUCUGAUGACAUUCUUAGUAUAUAUUUUAAUAAUAUGUUGUAAUUUUAUUGUUAUGUACAUUAUCUGGUCACACCAAAACCUCCAUGAGCCUAUGUACAUUUUCAUUGCAGCAUUGCUAAUGAACUCUUCUCUUCUCAGUACUGCGAUCUACCCAAAGCUUCUGAUUGACUUUUUAUCUGACAGACAGGUCAUAUCUUAUUCAGCCUGUCUCUUUCAAUUUUACAUAUAUUACUCUGUAGGUGGUUCAGAGUUCUUACUGUUGGCAGCCAUGUCCUAUGACAGGUAUGUGUCCAUAUGCAAACCAUUACAAUAUCCAACUGUCAUGACAAAAACAACUGUGAGUCUUUUGUUGUUUUUUACUUGGCUUGUGCCUGCUUGUCAUAUUGCAAUACCUACAAUACUGAGUGCUGACACUAAACUGUGUGACUUUACUGUGAAAGCAAUAUUUUGUAACAAUGCAGUUUACAAACUUCAUUGUGUAAGGUCAAAGGUAAUUACUAUAUACGGUGUGUUUACUUUGUUAGAUCUUGCAAUCCUCCCUGUUCUCUUCAUAAUUUUUACAUACACAAAGAUUCUUAUAAUAUCUUAUCGAAGUGGCAGAGAAGUCAGGAAAAAGGCAGCAGAGACGUGUUUACCUCACAUGUUGGUUUUAAUCAGUUUCUCUUGUUUGACUGCAUAUGAUGUCAGUAUAGCUCGAGUUCAAUCUGAUUUUCCAAACACUGUUCGUUUAAUAAUGAUGGUUCAAUAG